GCGGGGCGAGGCGCGGCAGAUGCCGGCCGGUGUCGGGAGCGGGGAGCAGCAGCAGCGUGCCACCAUGUCAUCCAGCCAGGAUUCUGUUCUCACCGAGUAUGAGUCUGACUCCAGCCAGACCUCAAAGCUGUUAAAGAAAUUUAAAGAGACACCAUUUGUACCCAUUGGGAUGGCUGGCUUCACCUUGGUGGUUGGCUACGGGCUGUACAGACUGAAGCACAGAGGCCAGAUGAAAAUGUCACUUCACCUGAUUCACACACGUGUGGCAGCCCAGGGCUUUGCAGUGGGAGCCUUAACAUGUGGUGUGCUGUAUUCAAUGUUCCGGGAGUACAUCUGGAAUCCCAAGGAGUAACUGAAAGCUAACUGAAAUCCCUGUCCUGGUGGUGACCUGUGUGCUGCAGCUAGAAACCUCCUAUCGAGGGGUUCUUGAGGAGGUGGGGGGGAAAAAAAUACACAUUAUUAGCAAAUUGCCCUAUUUUUGUGGAUGGUACAGUGUCUUGAAGCUGGCAGCCUAAAUGGUUGUGCACUCUGGGAGCGAGUAUCAGGGUCUGCUUUUAGCGGAUAUAGUAGAAUUCAAUCCCUUUAACUUCCCCUCAGCUCGGUCCUAAAAUUGAUGACUUCUUUUGCUGCUGUUGCCCAAAACCCUACACAAAGUCUGAACUAGCUUCUGUCAGGCCUUG